GGAACCCAGUGAACGUCACAACCUGCAAGGAAGUAGCGCCCUCAUUGAACAGCUGAAAAAGCUGAGUAAGAAGACUCCAAGGCUCAGGUGGUUUGCCCAAGUUCACCUAGCCAACAAGUGGCAAGGACAGAAUUUGAACUCAGGACUGAUUGGCAUGCACGCCCACGUUGUUGUAAAUUUUUUUUUCUUGCAGGAUUUGAAUGUGUAUGUAAGGCAAGAAGUUUCUGCCAACACAGACUCAUUUGUGAAGAUUAACUGAGAAAAUGUAUGCAAGUACACAGUCCAGCAUACAGUGGAGAUUCAAGGUAAUAGUGGCAGAAUUCCAUAAGAAGAUCAAAGAGGCCUUUGAAGUGUUUGACCAUGAAACCAACAAUACAGUGGAUGUGAGAGAGAUUGGGACAAUUAUCAGGUCCCUGGGAUGCUGCCCUACUGAAGGAGAGCUACAUGAUUUCAUUGCGGAGGUAGAGGAGGAAGAACCCACUGGAUACAUUCGAUAUGAAAAAUUCCUUCCAGUGAUGACCAGAGUACUUCUGGAAAGGAAAUACAGACCAAUUGCUGAAGAUGUCCUUCUUAGAGCUUUUGAGGUUUUGGAUCCAGCCAGACGAGGGUUUCUGACGAGAGAUGAACUGGUCAAGUUCAUGACUGAGGAAGGUGAGCCCUUUUCUCAAGAGGAAAUGGAAGAAAUGUUGUCUGCUGCAAUUGAUCCUGACUCAAAUUCCAUCAAUUACAGGGACUACAUCACAAUGAUGGUGAUAGAUGAAAAUUAAACGCUCCAAAGACUUAA